GGGCUCGGCCUGGGGGUGGGUGGAUGACAUGUCUUUCGAAGACCCGUUUUUUGUAGUCCGAGGCGAGGUGCAAAAGGCGGUGAACACAGCCCGUGGGUUGUACCAGCGCUGGUGCGAGCUCCUGCAGGAGGGCACGGCGGUCGAACGCGAGGAGCUAGACUGGACAACCAAUGAGCUUCGGAAUGGCCUGCGAAGCAUCGAGUGGGACCUCGAGGACCUGGAGGAGACCAUCGCUAUCGUGGAGGCCAACCCCGGCAAGUUCAAGCUCCUAGCUGGGGACCUGCAGGAGAGAAAGAUGUUCGUGGAGCGGAUGCGGGAGGCGGUCCAGGAAAUGAGAGACCAUUUGGUCAGCCCAGCUGCCAUAGCUUUCAUGGAGAGGAAUAAUAAAGAGAUCCUGGCGGGCAAGUCAGCUGCUCUGAAGUCACCCAGCGACCUGCUGGAUGCCAGUGCAGUCUCACCUUCGUCUCGCUACAUCGAGGAGCAGCAGGCUACACAGCAGCUGAUCAUGGACCAACAGGAUCAACAGCUUGAAAUGGUGUCUGGGAGCAUCCGGGUCCUAAAACACAUGUCCGGCCGCGUUGGGGAGGAGCUGGACGAACAGGGCAUCAUGCUAGACACCUUUGCUCACGAGAUGGACCAGACCCAGUCCCGGAUGGACGGGGUCCUCAGGAAGAUGGCCAAAGUAUCCCACAUGACAAGUGACCGCCGGCAGUGGUGUGCCAUCGUGGUACUGCUGGGGGUGCUUCUCCUGGUCCUCAUCCUGCUCUUCUCUCUCUGACCCCGGCCCUCCCCAGGGGGCUGGUCCCUCUAGGCGGGGAACAGCCAAGCACUUUAGAGCUGUGCAGGGCCCUGCCCUCUGGGGAGGGGGCUGCACCUGGGGAGCUGCCCCAAAGGCUCUCAUCCAGAGCCAGUGGGACCCUCAGGGCCCUAGGUGGGGUCUCCUGCUACCCGUCCUAUCCCAAGUGUGCUUAGGUGAGGGUGGAGGUAGGAAGACUUCAGCUACCCUCCUUCCCAAUGCUAUUUCCGGGUUCCAGAGCCAUUCUCUCAUGUGCCUUCUACAUGUGCCAACUUUGAAAUAAAAUCCCAGCAUUUUUAUACAUAGUUGUAUCAUACGGUUUGUUGACUCUAAACUUGAGACUGA